AUGUCCAAGAACCUCCUCCUCUUCGGCGCAACAGGUGCUAUAGGCUCCUUCAUCCUAGAAGCCAUCCUCUCCGCACGCCCCCAAUUCGACCGCGUCGCAAUCUUCACUUCCCCCCGCACAGCCGAAACAAAGGCCUCCCACCUGGAGAAGCUGAAAGCGCAAAACGUCGAGAUUAUAGUUGGUGAUAUCGAAGAUGAAGAUGCCAUUAAAGCUGCAUACACUGGUACCACCCAAUCCAAUUCAAUCCAAUCCAAUCCCACCAUUACCCAUACUUACACUAAUUCCCCAGGAAUCGACACCAUCAUCUCAUCCCUCGGCCGCACAGCUCUAGCCCUCCAAAUCCCCCUGAUCCGCCUCGCAGCAGCAACACCCUCAAUCAAGCUCUUCCUCCCUUCGGAAUACGGCACUGACAUAGCCUACGGCCCGGCCUCUGUGAACGAGAAACCGCAUCAACAAAAACUGAAAGUGCGAGCUGUUCUGGAAGGAAUCCCUCGCGACCAGCUAAGCUAUGCGUAUGUCGUUACUGGACCAUUCGCGGAGAUGUAUCUCCACUUUUCAUCGGAUGUAGAGGGUGGUGGAUGGGAUGUUAAAGGUAGAAAGGCUGUUUUGUUAGGGACUGGUGAGGAGAGGAUUUCUUUGACUACUAUGAAGGAUAGUGUUGGAACUCUUGUUUUAUCUACAUUGCUGCAUGCGUCUCCGGAUAAUGUCAAUCGGGCGUUUUGUGUGAAUUCUUUUACUACGACGCCUGCUUCGAUUCAGAAGGAGUUUGAGCGUCAGGUGGGUGGGACGUGGGAUGUUUCGUUUACAUCACUUGAUCGGUUACGGGAGUUGGAGCGGAAGGCGUGGGAGGAGGGGAAGGGUACGGCGACUGUUUUGACGUUAAGGAGGAUUUGGACUGAGGGAGGUACGCUCUAUGAGGAGAGGGCUAAUGGAGUAAUUGGGGAGCCGAGGGUCAUGGGGUUGGAGGAGGUUGUUGCUAAUGAGAUUAAGAGGGUUGCGUCUCUCUAA